CCUACCUACCUCAGUUGCAUGCCAAUCGCGUGGGUAAAUUAUAACCUCGUGUAAUUAUUCAACAUACAAAUUACAAGAUAGCGACUUCGCACUACUGACACGAUGGCGUCUAAUGGUGAACAACUCGCGAAUCUACCAUGGGUCGAGAAGUAUCGUCCCAAAAAUUUAGACGAACUUAUUUCUCAUGAGACGAUAAUAAAAACAAUAAACAAGUUUAUCGAUGAAAACCAGCUGCCUCAUCUCCUUCUGUAUGGGCCUCCCGGGACAGGAAAGACUAGCACUAUAUUGGCUUGCGCUCAUAAACUUUAUACUCCAGCUCAAUUCAAUUCAAUGGUACUGGAAUUAAAUGCUUCCGAUGACAGAGGCAUAGGUAUCGUACGAGGCCAGAUCUUGAGCUUCGCCAGCACAGGUACUAUGUAUAAAUCUGCGUUCAAGCUAAUCAUUCUGGAUGAGGCAGAUGCCAUGACAAACGAUGCCCAGAAUGCACUCAGAAGAAUUAUCGAGAAGUAUACGGAUAAUGUACGUUUCUGCAUUAUAUGCAACUACCUCAGUAAAAUCAUUCCGCCUCUGCAGUCUCGUUGUACGAGAUUUAGAUUCCUACCGCUCGCAUCAGAGCAAAUCAUACCGAGGUUGAAUCAUGUCAUCAAGAUGGAGAACUUAAAUGUUACAGAAGAUGGGAAGCAAGCGUUAAUGACACUGAGCGGCGGUGAUAUGAGGAAAGUGAUAAGUGUACUUCAAAGUACAUCGUUUGCCUACGGUGUGGUGAACGAGGAGAAUGUGUACAACUGCGUUGGACAUCCAUUGCCGAGUGACAUACGUAAAAUUGUAAACUGGCUGCUAAACGAGCCCUAUGAUACAUGUUACAAAAAUAUUCAAGAGUUAAAAUUGAACAAAGGACUCGCUUUGCAGGAUAUAUUGACGGAAAUUCACUCAUGUAUAAUUAAGAUUGAUUUUCCCGAUUUGUUAUUUAUGGAUCUACUGUGCAAACUGGCAAAAAUAGAGAAACGGUUAGCUUCUGGAUGUCGCGACUCGAUUCAAGUAAAUUCCCUUGUAUCCGCGUUUUAUGAGGUUCGCGAUAUCGAAACGUGAAAGGUCCGUUCGGAUAAUUGGAAAAUGGGUGAUUUUGUAAAUAUGAAGAUAGCAAGUAUCGUUUUUCAAUAAACAAUCUUCCAUCGCAUCUCUAUACAUAUCUCACCGACAACGCCGUAAACCUUUGGACACGAUAAAUAUUUUUAUGCACGCAAAUGCGCAUUAAGCACGCGUACAUGCAGUGAAAAAUAAUACAUCGCAAUUUUAUUUUUUAUUGAUAUUUAAUUACGAUUGUUCCCGGAAUCGUGUGUGCCAUAAAAAAUGUAAUAAAAUAACAAAAUAAUUGUAUAUCAUUUCAACGAAAUUAAUUAGAUUCAUUUUUAAUUUA